AUGGUCUUAUCCAAAUGGUUAGAGACAAAGGUAUUUAGAAAACCAUCCAAAGCUGGGAAAGUUAGACGUAUAAACAUUGCAACUGAACCUGUAUCAGCACAGGAUAAAAAGAAAGGAUCAGAAAAUAAGAUGAGAAUUGACAAUACACCCAAGAAUGUGGCACGUCACACUAAGCAGAUAAUCAAGAACCUUGCAGCCAAUGUGAUACGAAACGAAUACAUUGUGACCACACUGGGCCGUGCUAGAAAAGCACAACCAAAGAUUGAAAGGCUUUUGGCUAAUGCCAUGCAUCAGAUCAAGACAAACAAGUUUGUGCCCAGCUUGCACCGAGAACAUAGUGCUGGCGAACCUGUUCCAAAAGCGUGGGACACCGUUAGUGCGCUUCGUUUCUUGCAAAUACCGGAUCAAGAAGAAUGUGGAAAUAAAGUUAUUAAUGAAUUGGCUCAAAGGUACUCGAACCGAACACACGGCUUCACAAGAGUAAUCAAGUUGGAGCCCAGAUUGGGCGAAGACAAGGCUCCAAUGAGCGUCAUUGAACUUGUCGACUCGAAAUAUGAAAUCAAAUUUUGGUUUACCGCCAAGGCUGUUGCCAAAAUGGAGUUGCAAAACAUACCAUUAGACGACAUCACUGAAUUAAAUGUUAAGAAAUUGACCGAGAGAAGACCAGGUGGAGAAGAGGCAUUCAGAGACGCUGUGGAGACAUGCAAGCGGGAAUUCUUUAAACAAGGAGCUGAAGGUGAGGAAAAACAAGAGGUUGACGAAAAAGUCAAGAGGCUGUUGGAGAGUUUGCCAUAUAUGGAAAGACAUACUGGCUCAUUGAAAGGAAAAUUGUUAGUGUCGAAGAAAUACCCUACCAGGCCGAGACCACAGUCCAAGGAGGCCAAAGAAGCAGUCAUACCACCAUCACCAUUUAUAAAACCUACAUAA